AUGGAACAGUUUGGCAGCGGAAACCCCGGUGCCUACUCGGAAAUCGCCGCCAAGACCCACUUUGACACUGCGCCAGACGUGACGACGCGUCCGUGCGAGACGUUCGAGCAGGUGUUUGACUUGGUCGCGGCGGGGCAAGUGGACUUUGGCUUCUGCCCGAUCGAAAACACGCUCAGCGGCAACUUUCUGCCCGUGUACGACCUGCUGCUGCGUCGCGACGUGAGCAUCGUGGGCGAGUUUAUUGCUCACGACGAGCACUGCUUGAUUGCGGCCGCCGGCACCGCUCUGAGCGAUGUCAAGCUAGUGUACAGCCAUCCGCACGUUCUGGAUCAAUGUGAGGCAUUCCUCAAGACACUUCCUGCGACGCAUGUCGCCACGACGGAUACCGCUGGAGCGUGUCAAUUGAUCAAGGCUCAAAAUCAGCCUGGCAGCGCUGCGAUCGCAAGCACCCUGGCCGCCUCCAUUUCGGGCCUCACCAUCAUCAAGCGCGGCAUCGAGGAUGAUGCCAACUCUUCCACUCGCUACAUUGCCAUUGCCAAGCAAGCUGCCAACCCUCCUUCCCACGUCAACGCAAAGACCAGCAUGUCCGUUGCCUUGCGUAACCAGCCCGGUGCUCUGUUCCGCGCGCUGGCGGCGUUUGCUCUCCGUGAUUUAAACAUUUCCAAGAUCGAAAGCCGUCCUUCCUCGCGAGCUGGAGCCCUGCAUACUAGCACCCGCCAGUGGGAGUACAUGUAUGCCAUCGAUGUCGAGGCGAAUGCGAGCCAGCAGGUCAUGAUCAAUGCCCUGAGCAACCUCGAAGAGUUUGCCACCAAGGUCAAGGUGCUUGGCUGCUACCCAAUCUUUGUGCCUCGAGGAACGCCUUCCUCGCUGUCGCCUUUCGGCCUUUGAAAGCGGGGGAUUUUAUUGUUUUUGUGUGCUGCUCUCUGGCUGCACUUGCGGGGCGACGCUCUGCUAAAUACAAUAAUUAUUCAGAAAAUAAAAAAUAAAAAGAAACUCAAACCC